CACCCGUAGCGCGCCCGAGCAACGGAAGGUCCCGUCCUCCGCCGCCACUUUAUCGCCGGGAGGGGAGGAGGACGACGAGGCUGCCCUGGGCGGUGCCUGAGCCGGGAUGGAGCCUCUUUGCGGCUGCCCGUUCAUAGAGGACAGUUUCACCCGCUUUUCCUCCCAAAGCAACGUCUAUGGGCUGGCCGCUUUGCCGGGGGCGGCUCGGGGUGGGGGGCGGGGGCAGGAGGGACUCUGGGGGGCGGGGCAGGGGCAAGAGGAUGCUGUAGGGGUGGCUGGGGGGCUCUUGGCUGCAACCCUGAAGGGGAAAGUGAUUUAUUUUCGCUACCAAGAUCUGCGCCAGAAGCUGCGCCCAGUGGCCAGGGAGUUGCAGUUCACCUACAUCCCAGUUGAUGCUGAGAUUGUCUCUAUCGACACUUUCAACAAGUCUCCCCCGAAAAGGGGUUUGGUGGUCGGGAUUACGUUCAUUAAGGAUUCCGGAGAUAAAGCAAGCCCCUUCCUUAACAUUUACUGUGAUUAUGAACCCGGCUCAGAGUAUAACCUGGAUUCCAUUGCACAAAGCUGCCUGAACUUGGAGCUGCAGUUUACUCCUUUCCAGCUGUACCAUGCAGAGGUCCAGGUUGCUGACCAGCCAGAGACGGUCUUCCUGCUGAGUGGUAAUGACCCUGCUAUCCACCUGUACAAAGAGAAUGAGGAGCUGCACCAGUUUGAGGAGCAGCCGGUGGAGGACCUCUUUCCUGAACUCAGAGAGCUGCCAAGCAACGUGCUGUGGCUGGAUGUGUAUAAUAUUCCAAACUCAGGCCAGCGCAUCACAGCCUUUGGGUGCCAGAGUGGCUACAUCCGAGUUGCCCAGGUUGAGCCAGCCAGCCGAGCGGUGCUCCAGAGCUGGAGCAUCCAGCAAGAUGGCCCCGUUUCCAAAGUCCUGGUGUUUGCGUUGCCGACUGCUUGCCAUCCAGGUGACUUUGCAACUUCAAAUGGUAGCACCGGCAACCACAGUCAGAGUUACAGUGUCCUCGUCACCAGCACUAUUGAGCUGUCCGUUGUCUACAGGAACGUGCUGCAGAGCGGCCUUGAGGACCAGCUGGUCCUGCCCCUGAGCGACCAGUAUGACAGUGUUCUCUGCGCCCUCGUGACGGACGUCAACUUCGACCGUGAACCAGAGAUCCUUCUCGGCACGUACGGGCAGGAGCUGCUGUGCUACAAGUACCAGGCCCCAAAUGCUCCCGUUGUGGGUGCAGCUGGAUCCCAGCCCUCCAGCCAACCUGGCGGGGAGUUCCGCCUGCUCUGGCAGCGCACUUUCCCCAGCCCCCUCUUGUCCAUGGAGUACGUGGACCUGACCUGCGAUGGGCUCUGUGAAAUGGCCGUGGUGUGUCUGAAGGGGCUGCAUAUUCUCCAGCAUAGCCUGACACAGACAGCUCAGUGCCUCUUGGAGCGGCUUCGACUGAAAGUGUCCGGUCUGGUGGCCCAGAGCAGCCUCUGCGAGCAGCCCCAAGACAAGAAGGCUCAGGAUGUCAACGGGGAAAGAUCGAAGGAGUGAUGGUCCUGGGCCUGGAGGCCAGCAGAAAUGGCAAAUGGAAUCUGGAUCACAGUUGCAUCCCUAAAGAACCUUCCAGCUCUCCUGUUUGGUCUUGGAGGAGAGUGAGGACCAAAGCGAUGGUGAUGGUGGGAGCGAGGAGAUGAGGUGUGCCUCGUUCUAGCCUUCCUUGGGCGUGGCUUCAGCUGUCAGGGUAGCCCCACAGGAAGUGGCGCCUCAGACACAGGAAGUACAUGUUGGUCUUGAGGCCUGGUGCAACUCUGCAUAUUUCCCCCUUGCUCUGCUCCCAGGGGUUUGGUUUGACCAAAAACUCUGUAAAUAAGGGUGCCAGUUUUGUAUUAAAAGCAAUAUUCAUUCUC